CCGUAGAUGUCGGUGAGAAGUGGCCCGCCUGCUGGUGCUGCUGUGCGGGGCAUGUGGAGCAGAGAGGACCGGGGCCGCCUCCUUUUUGACCCUGGUGGUGGGAGAAAAAAAAAAAAAAAAAGCCUCCAAGCGGCACAAGGUCUGAAGAUGCAGUGCAGUACAGAAGAAGCAGCUUUAGGGGCAAAAAUUACGGAUUGUUGAUGCUGCCAAACAUGGAAUGCCUCCUCCUUUAUGGAAUACGCCUUUUUUACGCAGAUGUAGUCGCUCAGUGACUUUUUUUUUUUAAGAAAGAGAUUUGACUUUUACUUUUUUAAUCGUUUACACAUCUGCAAUGAUGCGGGCUGUGGAUCCGAGUAGGACGGCUGCGAUUGUUUUCUGUUUUUUGGGAUAUUUUGUCACCAAAACUGUGGGUAAAACAUUGCAAGAAGCCACAACAGCUAAAGAGGUAACUCUGAAAAUUCACCUAAGCGACGCCAGCACUCACCAGCCCCUCGGAGGAGCCAUAGUACAACUUUUUGCCAAUCACACAUCUGUAACCACAGAAACCUCAAUGGCUGAUGGCACCACUUUCCUUCGCUUUUCUUUCCGCCUUGGGACAGCUUUGGUCGUCACUGCAAAUAAACGGGGCUACGUGCCAAACUCUGUCCCCUGGACACCCUCAAGAAUACCUGUGUUUUCCUCCAUCAGCCUGGAGCUGUUACCUGAAAGAGCUGCUACGCUGAUGGUUUAUGAUGACGUUGUUGACAUUGUUUCAGAUUUUCAAGGUUUUAGACAUCAACCCAGUGUUCAUUUCCAACGCAGAGCCUUGAAUCUUCCUCCCAACACAUCCUAUGCUAACCUGACAGCUCUGCUCACUGUGGCCAGCUCCCCCACCCACAUCCAGAACUUCCCAUACCUGCAGGACCUAAACAGCAAUACCACAGGCACUGAGAAGAGGUUUGGGUUGACUCCUGUAGCAGCCAUCUCUGUUCACCUAUUAACCAGUGACGGUGUGGAAAUCCAGGUCAGUGAGCCAAUCACGGUCUCCAUUCCCCUGCCAGCUGACAGCACCCUGAAGGAAAAUGAUCACAUCCCCGCGUGGAGAUUUGAUGUGCGCUCGGGUAGCUGGAUAAAGAGCAGUUGGGGUCAUGUGCAGAGAGAAGGCAACCAGCUCAGUCUGAUCUACAUUGCUCCUCAGCUGGGGUAUUGGGUGGCCGCCAUGUCCCCGCUACACUCAGGUCCCGUGCUUGCGAAAGACAUCAGCACAUACCAUACAGUGUUUCUGUUGGCUAUUCUGGGAGGCAUGGCUCUCAUCCUACUGUGCCUGCUUUGUCUCCUAUUGUACUACUGCAGACGACGUUGUUUGAAGCCUCGGGCGUCUCGUCGUAAGCUCGUGCUCUCCUCUGCUUUGGAUGGCAGUAAGAGGGAUCAAGCAACCUCCAUGUCCCACAUGAACCUCAUCAGCAAUGAGGUGCAGCUGGAACUAGUUUCCACAGUGACUGAACCAGAUAUGACCACACCAAUGCUGAAGCCGUCCUCCUGUGAGCAACCUGACAGUCAACAGGGUCGAAUCCAUCAAAGCAAACACAGCCGCUCCUCUCUGGGCAACAGCAGUCACCACGGCUCUUCUUUUGGUAAUCUGACGCCACGUAGCAGAGAGUACCGGCAGUCCACUGAGACGUUCCAGUUAAAGGCUGCUGUCUCCAGUGGAACAGACAAAGGCUAUCGUCAGUCGUACACUUCUGUCUGUUCAUCCAGCAACCAGGUUUCAGAUGGGCUGUCAUUAGCCAAUCAUUGUCAGGUGUCAGCUCACCAACUGAGCAGUGCUGGGCUUAUGGACUGUAUCUCUCCUACUUCUCCUCCUCACUCGCCGAGCAGAGGGGAGGGGGUUGACUACCGGCCUCCUGAUUACCUUCUGUCCCGCUCUGUGGACCACUUGGAACGUCCCAACCCUUUGUCGCUCUCUAGGCCGGGCCAGCUGCUCUGCUGUGGCUCUGUGGACCUGCUGAGUGGAGGAGAAGGCUACCCGCGAGUGCGUCCUACGUUAGUGAUCCCAGCACACUACAUGCGCCUGCCUGGGGAACACCCUCUAUCUGGUCAGGCCCUGCUGCUGCAGACAGAUCAGCAGAGUGAUUUGGAGACCAUCCAGGCUGAGCUCAAUGCCUCACAUUCCCAGCAGCCUCUGGGGCAGUGCCUCACAGAUUGCACUGCGGGUUCUGCCAAGCAAGGUGACACAGAGGGUCUCGGGCUGCCAGAGUCUCUCUCUAUUCCAACAGCACUUGGGGAAACGGCUCUUGUGGAAAUAAACAGUGAGGACACUUUACUGGCUGAAAAGACUUUAAUGGAGUUGAGAGGAGGGAAGCCUCUCCCACACCCACGAGCCUGGUUCGUCUCGCUGGAUGGACGCUCCAAUGCUCACAUUCGCCACUCCUACAUUGACCUUCAACGAGCUGGGUGCCAUGGCAACACACCAAGUGGAGGAGUUCGGCAAGGUAGUGGCAGUAGCCGGAGGCAUGGCAGUGGCAAUGAUGCCAGUCUGGAUUCUGGUGUUGACCUGAAUGAACCAAGAGUGGGGCGCAGGGGCAAAGGAGAGAGAGCGAUUGAGAAAGACAGAUCAAAGGUCACAACUCCCACCAUGGCUUACACCCAGCUGGUGUAUGUGGAUGAUCUGGAUGGAGGUGGGAGCGAGGAGGAGAUGCCGAAGUGUAGCCCUGAGGAAAGCAUAAUAAAACCUGUACUGUCAGACAAGGCAGAGGAUGAUCCAGGGGUUGUAGGGCAGGAGGACAUCGAGGGCGUAAAAGUACAAGAGGAAGCUCCCUCGCUUUCUCCUUCAUCCCCCGAGUCCCCUCCUCCUUUGCCAACACCAGAGGGCAUGACUUUAAUGGCUGAGCGUGCUCUGUUCUCGGUCUCUCCUCAUGAUGAUCUAACACAUGAGGACGGAGAGGAAGAAAAGAAAAGCCCCUGGCAGAGGAGAGAGGAGCGACCCCUGCUGGCCUUCAACCUGAAAUAAUCCAUGGAUGACCACUUUAUGAUUCUGAUGUCCAGACCAGUGUGAAGGAUGCGGUCAUUUAAAAUGAAGCCCCUUUUUAUUCUUUAUUUAGCACUGAGAACAUAUGUCAGCACUGGGGACCUUUUAGUCUAGAAUGUGAAAGGACAUUUUAUGUCCUUCACAUACACUCCUUUACACAAAAUUAUCACUGUUGUAAUCCUGUUGUCAUCCUCAUGCUGCACUACAUGAACAGACCAGGUGUGUGUGUGUGUGUGUGUAUACACGUGCCUUGCCUGAGGGAGACAAAUGUUCUUUGGAGGUGAGAUAUUGAAAUAUUUCAGGAAUACGCUACACCUGGUUGAAGGGAGUUUCUAACCUGACUUGACUUGGCCAUGCUGACUAAGUUUUCUGUGGAGCAUCUGCAACAUAUGUAUGUGACAUUUGAAUGGCUGGUGUUAAGCCUUGAGUCUAGUCCAAUAACUACUCUUGCCAUGAACAAGUACAACCUGUAUUUUUAAUGGGUACCUGAGUAUGUUGUUAGAAUUUAAUGUAGCCUAUCAGAACACUAUAUGGGUGACGAGUUUUGGAUUAGCAAAGUGAAACCACUACCUGCACUCAGCUGAAUCAUAUAAUGUGAUAAGGAUAGAAUACCACUAUACUUAGUACUGUAGUUCAGUCCAAAAUAAUUGUGAGGUGUACUAAAGAUAUGAAGUCUUUUGUAACUGCCCCCCCACCGACUUUGCUAUUCAUCACUUUAUACAGCUGCUUGAUGACUUUUUGUAAAUUUGAAUCCUGAUUUUUAUUUCCCAACAUGAAGUAUUUUACCUGAAAAUAGGCUUUAAAAAAA